CUUCACAUCUUUGUCCACCGAAAUAAUAUACACCAUUUUUCUUUCUCCUUUCAUUCUUUGAGAAUCUGAAUUCUGAGACCAUUUUUUUCUGUAAUUUAUGAAAGUUUUGAACUUUAGAUCUUUCAUUGUAUCAGUUGCUUUUUUGGCAGGAUGGGGGUCAGCUAGGUUGAAUGGUAGAUAGCAACAUGAUUGGGUUGAAACUAGAAAUUUGGAUUGUAUGUGACCUAUGAAGCUCAUGUAUUGUUGUAAAGGUGGUUGUCGAUUGAAUGAUGGUUAUAUAUAGACCUCCAAAAUUAAUCGUUUCACCUUGGGAUUGCUGAGUGUCUGGUGAUAUUGUCCGACCAGUUCUAAGUGAUGGGUUCAUAUUCUGGUAGUUGUGAAAUUAUUGAGGCAAAAGAUGAGCUCGUGAUGUUCCAACGUUCUGAAAGGUCAGGACAAGUACGAGAAUCAGGCAGAAAACAGAAGCCUCCGUUGGUUAGAAAAGGACCUAAUAAAUUCUUAGAAAAUGAUAUUAAUCAUCUUUUUGCAUCCAUCGAUCUAAGAUCAUCAAAAAGUCUGGAUUUGUCAGAUCAUGUGAAAAGAGAUGCCUCAAAAAGGCCGAUGAGGGGUGGUGGAUCUCAUUCUCCAGGAAUUGGGUUUUCAGAGCCGGUCUCUCUUAAGCAGGCCUUACGGGGUUUAUGCAUUUCACAGGCGGCAGAAAUGGCGGCAAUGAAGCGGUUAUCCAAGCAACCGGGUUCUCCAAGCAUUACAGAAGCUGGAAGGAUUACAAGCUCUUACAGGUUUGCAGAUCCAAGCGAAUCCGGUUUCAUUCACACAGAAAGAGUAGUACAAGAUGAAAGCACUUCAGGAACACUCGACAAAGUGCCCCAUUACCGCCAAGAACUGUAUGUUAAAUCAGCAAACCAUAGUCCCCAUUCUUCUCCACGACUUGUCAUUAAGCCAUCCAUCUCAAUGCGCCAAAAUAACAGAAUAGUCCCGGCAGAAAGCACGUCUAACUCUUCUCAAAGGCCGCCUCAGUACAUUGGAGAUCCAAAGCUACAGUCACCAGGUCAAAGUACCCUUUGUUCUCCUAAAUGUGUUGGUAAACAGACUACUAAGAAUGCGGAGUAUGUUGCCAAGCAAAAUGAGAGAGUAUUUUCGGAAGAAUAUGUCCCGAACUAUGGUAAAAAGGUUUCUCAACAGCUUACACAAGCAAAGGUGAGGUUACCAAACCAAAACACUUCACGUUCGCCCAGACUUGUUGAUAAACCAGUCAUUGUGUCUGCUGAGUCAACUGUGCGGCGAAAAGAGAGGAUAAUGCCAGCAGUAAGCACAUCAAGCACUUCACAAAAGAUGCCUCGAUACUCCGAAGAACCCAAGAUGAAGUUACCAGACCAGAGUGUCCUGUCUUCUCCUAGAUCGGUUGAAGCACCAAUUAGUCAGAGUGUUAAUUCCCCUCACCUGAAAAAGGAGAAUGCAUCUGUGUCGAAUCUUCAUGAGAUUAAAUCACUACAAACUGUGUCAACUGAGGAAGAAGUCGAAACUUCAGUUGCAUCCUCAUCAUCAUUUACCUCUGGUAAUGAUGUUUUGGGGUCUGGACCAAUAAAUUUGCAGCAUAAUUCCAAUAGAAGUGUGGUUGCAUCAUUUCGAAUAGCCAACAAAAAAGCUCCUAAGCUGAGACGAAAAACCAUAUUGCAAAAUGUCUCUUCAUCUACUACCAAGAGAAGCAACAAGGAGAGCAAAUCAAACAAAAGCACCACUCAUACUGCAAAUCCAGCAGUCAAGCACAAGACCCUUGUCAAGAAAAAAGCAAAACCGGAAGCAACAGCAGCAUCCGGCACUUUUAAUUUUACCUAUGAAGUAAAUAGUCCAAUGGAAUCACCUAAGCAGCUUAUCUGUCAGCAAUGUCAGUGUGCUCUCAAGAAUGUUGGAAAUGAGUCUGGUAAGGGACCUACAAUUCAAGGUUCUGGAUGUACAGCCGCUGAAGCAAGUGAAACUAGCAAUAAUUGUCAUGCUACUAAACCAGGCUUCGCCAAAAACGGCCACAAUGACAGGGUUACUCCUGUCUUGAAAUUCAACAAGGCAUCAAAAUCUAGAGAGCCAGGGGACUUUUCACAGAGCUCAAAGAGUAGUAUUGGUGAUUACAGUUGUAGCACAACUAUCAGCGACGAGAGCAAUCUAAGUGGGUCUAGUACUGGAAAUAGGCCACACAUGUCUAAAGACGGCAAGUGGGAGGCUAUCAAUCAGGUGAGGAAACAUCAUGGAUUCUUGGGGUUAAGUCAUUUCAAUUUAUUAAAGAAGCUUGGUUGUGGAGACAUUGGCACAGUGUACCUUGCUGAGCUGCUGGAAACUGAUUGCUUCUUUGCAAUAAAAGUUAUGGACAAUGAAUUUUUGGCAAGAAGGAAAAAGUUGCCAAGGGCCCAAACUGAAAGAGAGAUUUUGAGAAUGCUAGAUCACCCUUUUCUACCUACGCUCUAUGCACAGUUUACAUCGCACAACUUAUCAUGCUUAGUUAUGGAGUUUUGUCCAGGUGGUGAUUUGCAUGUCCUCAGGCAGAAGCAGCCUUGCAGAAACUUUCCUGAACCAGCAGCACGGUUUUAUGUGGCUGAAGUCCUCCUUGCUCUGGAGUAUCUGCAUAUGCUUGGAGUUGUAUAUCGGGAUCUGAAACCCGAGAACAUACUGGUCCGGGAAGAUGGUCACAUCAUGCUUACAGAUUUUGACCUCUCACUCAGAUGUUCAGUUAAUCCCACUCUUUUAAAAUCAUCUUCACUGGGGGUUGAAGCUCCAAGGAUUUCUGGUCCAUGCGCGGGCUCUAAUUGUAUUGAUCCAUUUUGUUCUGGUCCGUCAUGUCAAGUUUCUUGCUUUAGCCCCAGAAUUUUACCUGCCACAGCACGAGCAAGAAAGCUGAAAGCAGAAGCUGCAGCCUUUCACAGAUCAUUGCCUCAGCUUGUGGUAGAGCCAACAGAAGCGCGAUCCAACUCAUUUGUUGGUACACAUGAAUAUUUGGCUCCCGAGAUCAUUAAAGGUGAGGGUCAUGGGAGUGCUGUUGAUUGGUGGACUUUAGGUGUUUUUCUUUACGAGCUUCUAUAUGGGAAGACACCAUUUAAAGGCGCUGGAAAUGAAGAAACUUUGGCCAAUGUGGUCAUGCAGAACCUCAGAUUUCCCGAUAGCCCCCUUGUUAGUCUUCAGGCAAGGGAUCUAAUCAGAGGACUUCUCGUGAAGGAGCCUGAGAAUCGAUUAGGAACAGAAACAGGAGCUGCUGAGAUUAAACGACACCCCUUCUUCGAUGGUAUGAACUGGGCACUGAUAAGGUGUGCCAUUCCACCAGAAAUACCUGAUCUCUGUGACAUUGGAUUUACAAAACUAGCUUAUCAGGAGAAGAACAAAAUGUUUUUAGAGUAUAGUUCCAAAGAGAAUUUAGAAUUUGAAUUGUUCUAGUAAAUCUCUAUACCACUCUGGUUAUGAUGUAUCCUCUACAUCCACUUCUUGUAAUUAUGUGAUAUAAUUAGUGAUAAAUCUUGGGAGAUAAAAAAUCUAUUUUUAUUGUUUUGUGCUA